AUGGAUGUGAAAAGAGAAGAUGCAUUUGUACACAUAUUCAAGAAACACAAGUGGGGGAAAGGGGACGGCACAAGUGACUUACAGGUGUCAGGGGAAGGAUCAAACCUCAAGUUUGCUCAAGAAGCAAUGGCGGUUCUACAUUCUGUUGUGGACGAAUACAAGAUACUGAAAGGAGUGAAAAGAGUUCGCCUUUUGGAUAUACCCUGUGGUGAUAUGCAAUGGAUGUCCCGUUUCCUAGCAACAAGGGGUGACAUAGAUUAUUUUGGAAUGGAUAUAGUACCUCAACUGAUAGAAUUACAUGAGAAAAAAUUUAAAGACAAACCUUGGACAUUCAAGCAGCAUGAUAUUGCAAAAACAGCCCUUGUCGAAUCGUAUGAUAUCAUUCAUUGUCGUAUGAUGCUACAACAUUUGUCUGCUUCCGAGACACUAAAAGUCCUUGAAAACUUCUCCCGAAGUAAAUCAGGUUAUCUUGUUACGACUACAUUUCUGACAACACCUUUCAAUAAAAAAAUCGAUGCAGGAUCGUUUCUACUGCUUAACCUUGAAAUUCCUCCCAUAUCACUCCCUCCUCCGUUAUGUUACCAAAGAGAUGGGGAUCCAUCUAGACGGGUUUAUCACUUUCUAGGAGUUUGGCCAUUACCACUGAAAUACAUUGAGGAGUGUAGCCAAGUAGCAGUCAAAAUGGGAGUGCUACAAGAUGAGAGGAAUUCGACCAUUUAUACAUGUAUUUGA